GAAACUUGGCUCCAGGACAGUUGAAAAAAAUGUUGAAUAAGCAAAGAAAAGCUCAACGAAAAGCCCAAGAAGAAAAAGCUCAAGCAUUAGCAGCUCAAGAAAAACGAGAUAUGCACAAAAAUAGACAACAGGUAACCAAUACCAGCGAUGAAGCUGAUGCAAUGCCAUUGGAUGAACUACUACCAGAAAAGUUGGAAAGAGUUGAAGAUCCUUUGGAACAAUCAAUCAAGUUCUUGAAACCGCUUCAAGAACUUGCCUCAGAUAAUAUUGAAACUCAUUUAAUGGCAUUUGAAAUUUAUUACAGAAAAGAUAAGCUUUUGUUGAUGCUGCAAAGUAUCAAAAGAAGUCAUCGUAUUCAACCAGAUCAUCCAAUGUUUCACAGUUGUCUAAUUAGAUUUAUGGAAAAACUUUUAAAACUUGACAACAUUCAAGAAGAAAUGCAAUUGGUGCUUAAUAAACAAUUAGAACCAAUAUUAGGUGGAAUGUCGGCUGCUGAUAUCAAUUCACAGUUUCUCAAUAAACACCAAAAAUCAUUGCCAGCUUUAGUGCAGGGUUUGAAAAUGAAGUAUAAACUUGAUAAUAGUUUGCAAAAAGAAGUUCUUGACCAAAUUACUAAGCUAGACGAUUCCUUGGAAGAUGUCAAUAUUCAAACUUGUAGUGAAAUUCUAAAUUCAUUAAUCAAUGGUGAAUUUGGCGAAGUUGGUGAUAUAGCUGAAGAAUAUCGUAAAACGUGUUAUAAACGUUUCCCAUUGGCUACAGCUUUCCAUACGGAUCAAGAUCGUUCUCCGAUGGCAUUUUGGUCUAAUUCCUACAAAACGUUGAAUGAAACGCAUGAAAAUUGUGUCAGUAACUAAUUAAAGCCUGGACGUUAGAUCAAAAAUGUAUUUUUUAAUUUUGUUGAAAAGUUUUUUCUUAUUUUCAUAAUAGGUCUUUAUUAUUAUUUUUUAAUAUAGACUUAUUAUUUUUCUGUAGGAAAAACAGCAUUUGUUUUUGUCUUGAGUAUCCUGUAAAUAGUUAAUAAUAUAUUAUAAUUUCUUUUCUCAAAUUUAACACUUCACUAAUCGAUAUACAGAUUACAGUUUUGACUGAAUAUUUAUAAUUUAUGUUUAUAGUUUAAAUUGCUUGAUGAAAAAAAAACACUAUUUAUUAACUCCAAACAAUUCAAAAUGUUUUCUGUGAUACACCUGAAACUUAUGCUAAUUAUUGAUUAUCUAACUACUUUACAAGUUGAUAAAAUAUGAACUUGUGUAAGAAAAAAACGUAGCUCAUUUACUAACCAAAGGUUGAUCUCCAGUCAUUUAAAUUUAAAAAAACUUAUUUAUUACUACAGUAAGUAAAUUAUUUUUUAAUGUUAAAUUGACAUAAAAUAA